CUGCUAAGGUACAUCGAGGACAGACGUGCAGGUUAAUCGUCGUGUUCUGCUAAUUCCCAUUUUUAAGAUUCAGCAGAUAACUGUUGACUACAAGCCAUGGGGGACUCUGGAGUGGGAGUUGAUGAUAUCGGCCCGGUAGUUAUGGAGGAGGGAUCCACAUUUCCCAAACUGGAGGGGGUUCUGGACAACGAGGGGGAUUCUGGGAAUUAUGACGACAGACUGGACGCGAGCAGUCAGAGCUCGGACAACACCGUGAACUCCUCACUCUUCACAAACUCCGACAAGCCACAAGAAGCAGAUGGAGCACAAGAAGGGGAGGAAGGAACAGAAACGGAUGAGAAGAAGAAGAAAAAGAAGAAGGGGAAGAAAGACAAGAAGGGAGGAAAAUUGAAAGGAUGCAAAGGCUGUGUAUUGAUGUAACUACAAACGUCACAAGGAUAAGUGUCUACCAGAGAGCUUAUUUGGAUGCUGGCUUCUCAAGACCCCCCCCCCC